CCUUUCAACCAUAGAAAAAUAAAAAUUAGCAGAAAUGACUUGAGAGUCAACCCUCAAGUCUUGGCAAUUGUUCUGUAUAAUUGUUCGUUCUUCGAACAACUAAUAUCUGCAUACCAAAUACAGAUUUUUCCAUAAACCACCAUGGUAACCAUUGCUCUGAUUUCCUUUCUACUCUUACAUCUCAUAACAGCCACUAUUUCUGUCACGCCUUCACCGUAUAAUGCGACAGACUAUUUCUUGCUCAACUGUGGCGCACCAUCACCCGACGAAUCCUAUGGCCGUCACUGGAAUACGGAUACCCACUAUCCAAAUUUCUUACCUUCCAACUCUUCAACCAUCUCCACACCAGCCAUAGCUUCUGAACAAGACUCUGACAGAGUUCCUUAUAUGACUGCCCGUAUUAUAAAAUCUCCCUUCAUCUACACUUUUCCUGUCUCCCCUGGCCCCAAAUUCCUCCGUCUCUAUUUUUACCCUGCCAAUUACCCUGGUUACAACAAAUCAGAAUCUUUUUUCUCCGUCACUGCUAAUAAUUUUACCCUCUUGAGUAACUUCAGCGCCUUCCUCACAGUCUCUGCAAGUACCGAUUCUAGGAAAGUACUUCAAAAAGAAUAUGUCAUCAAUGUUGAUGAAACUCAGAUUCUCAGUAUCACUUUUUCUCCUUCACCAAAUUCUUAUGCUUUUGUUAAUGGGAUUGAGAUAGUUUCCAUGCCAACUGAUCUUUACAUACGCGCAGACAGUCAUGACAUCAAAUUGGUGGGCUAUGCUAAUCCUUAUUACUUUAAUAACAACACUGCUCUUGAAAAUCUGUACAGGCUGAACGCGGGGGGCAAUCAAGUUCCUAGCACAGUGGACACAGGGAUGUAUCGUGAAUGGACUGGAGAUGAGGAUUUCGUCGUUGGAUUAGGCUAUCAAACUCCUCAUUUUGGUGACUACGUCAAUUACACUUCUAAAACCCCAGCUUAUACUGCGCCAACCAUAGUUUACACAACCUCCAGGACCAUGGCAAAUCGUAGUUCUAGUCUGGAGUGGAUAUUCCCUCUUGACUCUGGGUUCUCCUAUCUUUUCAGACUUCAUUUUUGUGAGAUUCAGCAGGAAAUUAAGGAAGAGAACCAGCGGGUUUUCGACAUAUCCAUUCGAAACCAAACGGCAGAUCAACAAGUUGAUAUAAUUCAACGGAGUGGCGGAUGGAGAGUCCCGACGUACAAAGACUACGUGAUGUAUGUGAGCGACCCAGAUGGCCGACGAAGCAAGCAAAAUAUGUCGCUUGAAUUGAAACCUAACAUGGAAACAAAGGCUAUGUAUGCAAACGCCAUCUUAAAUGGCUUAGAGAUUUUCAAAUUGAGUGAUCCAAAUGGAAGUCUGUCCGUGCCAAAUCCUGAACCGCCCUUAGCAGUUCCAACUAAUUCACCCCCAGACAACAAAAAGAAAAAAUCAUGGCAUAUCGUUGCUUUUAUCAUUGCAGGUGUGAUUAGCGGAAUUGUUAUGUUUUCAAUUCUAUGUUUCUUCAUUCUCCGUCGAAGGAAAAGCAGUGUAAAAGAUUCCGAAAGCGUUACGAAGUCAUCGUGGGUCCCUUUAUCAACAACAUCAGAGUCCACACAAAGGACUGCCGGCUCAGUCUCAUCAUCACUACCAUCCGAUCUGUGCCGACACUUUUUACUGGAGGAGAUAAAAACUGCAACAGGUAAUUUUGAUGACAAUUUUCUGAUUGGCCAUGGAGGUUUCGGCAAUGUGUACAAAGGGUACAUAGACAACGGUGCAACCGUGGUUGCAGUCAAGAGAUUGAAUCCUUCAUCAAAGCAAGGAGUCCGCGAGUUCGAAACAGAGAUUCACAUGCUAUCAAAGCUAAGGCAUUUGCAUCUGGUAUCCUUAAUUGGUUAUUGUGAUGAUAACAGUGAAAUGAUCUUGGUGUAUGACUACAUGGCUCAUGGAACUCUUCGUGAUCACUUGUACAAAACUGAUAAUGUUCCACUUCCAUGGAGGAAACGUCUUGAGAUCUGCAUUGGCGCAGCAAAAGGAUUGUAUUAUCUCCAUACAGGCACAAAGCAUACGAUUAUUCAUCGAGAUGUCAAGUCAACCAACAUUUUAUUGGACGAGAAAUGGGUUGCUAAGGUGUCAGAUUUUGGAUUAUCCAAAAUCGGUCCACUUGGUGGGAUAGAAAAUACCCAUGUUAGCACUGCCGUGAAAGGAAGUUUUGGGUACGUUGAUCCUGAAUACUACAAGCGACAACAAUUAACAGAAAAAUCUGAUGUGUAUUCUUUUGGAGUGGUGUUAUUCGAAGUGUUGUGCGGUAGGCCAGCAAUAAUUCCUAACAUGCCAAAAGGGCAAGUGAAUUUGGCUGAUUGGGCUUGUAGGUGCUGUAAAAAGGGAAAUCUUGAGCAGAUAAUUGAUCCAAGUUUGGAAGGACAAAUAGCCCCAGAGUGCUUGAACAAGUUUGCAGAAGUAGCAUAUAGUUGCUUGAGGGAUCAAGGAGUCCAAAGGCCAUCAAUGGGUGAUGUUGUAUGGAGUUUAGAAUUUGCAUUAAAGCUUCAAGACGCGGCAAAUAAUAGAGGUCACGAAGUGGAAGGCAACAGUUACCCGACUAGCCCGUCUUUCCCCUUGAUUCUGAAUGGUCAUACCAAUAUAUCUACAGAUGAAGGAGAGACGUUUUCAUGUUCAUAUGGAGUUGGAGGAAAAUCGACAAGCAGUGGUACAUCCAUGACCAGUAGUGAUGACAAAUUGAAGAGCGACACUAUUUUCUCUGAGAUCAUGAAUCCAUCGGGUAGAUGAGAUUGUUACAACUAGUAUGAUAAGUUACAUAUAUAUUAGCUCUUCUAUGUUCUCUUUUUUCCUUUUUUGAAUUUAUGUCUUUAUUAAUGUCGAUGAAUUGUAUCAGAUAUUCAGAAGUAUAUAGCUUAAAAAAAAGAUUUAGUA